AUGAAAGUGUUAAGCAGCUGUAAUGCUUCAAAGACAUUAAAUGCUGGGAACAUGGAGAGUCUGAUUGAGUGUCAGUCAGAGAAAAGAAAGAAGGUGGUAUCACAGUCGUUUACUCUGAGACGAAGCUCUGCCAAUGGGAAUUCCCCAGGGCAGCUAGACUUGGGUGCCAAAAUCACUCUGUUUGGCCAGCCUCUGGCAAUUAUCUGUGGGGAAGAUGACACACUGCCCCAACCAAUCCAGGAUCUCCUAGCUAUAUUGUAUAUGAAAGGACCUUCCACGGAAGGGAUAUUCAGAAAAGCAGCCAACGAGAAAGCACGAAAGGAGUUGAAGGAGGACCUAAACAAAGGCAGCAAUGUUGAUUUGAAAAACAAAUCUGUGCACCUGCUAGCAGUGGUCUUGAAGGACUUCCUACGAAAUAUUCCCUCCAAACUCCUGUGGGCUGACCUCUAUGAGAAGUGGAUGCAAGCUCUGGAGAAGCCAAGCAAGCAGGAAAAAAUUGAAGAAUUGAAAGA